GCACCGCGCGACCAACGCACGCGUCGGACACAUAAAGCCAACGCAGGCGCCCUACCGCUCUACUGCCUACUGCUCCCUUCAGUCCACUCCUUUCUCGCAGCAGUACGCAUGCCCCGACACAGUGAGGCGGAGUCGAGGGGGAGAAGGAGGGCGAGAGGAAGAGGGAGGAGCCGGCGCCGAGACCGAGAGGAGGAAGCGGUGCUCGCCUCCUCUCCUUCUUCUUCCUCCUCCUCCUCGCCGCUCCGUGACUCCAGCCUGCCGCUGCUCUCCGCCCUCCCUCGGUUCAGCGUGGGGCUCGCCUCCCGCCGGCGCCGCUGGCACGACGUCCACGGCAACAGCGGAUACAAAAGAGCAGGGAAGCGGCCGCGGCUCUGCUCCCCGGAGUCCCCGGAGCCUGUCUGUCCCGGCAGCGGCCCGCAGCCUUCUCCGACACCCGACGAGGAGCUUCCGGCUGCCGCCGGUACCUGCAUCGAGAUGACUCAGGAGACAAACCAGACCCCAGGGCCUAUGCUGUGUAGUACAGGAUGUGGAUUUUAUGGAAAUCCUAGGACAAAUGGGAUGUGUUCUGUUUGCUACAAAGAACAUCUUCAACGGCAGCAGAACAGUGGCAGAAUCAGCCCAAUGGGACCAGCCAGUGCUUCAAACAGUCCUACCUCAGACUCUACAUCUGUUCAGAGAGCAGAUACUACUAGCUUAAACAACUGUGAUGGUGUUGCUGGCAGCACAUCUGAAAAAUCAAGAAAUGUGCCUGUUGCCGCUUUGCCUGUAACGCAGCAAAUGACAGAAAUGAGCAUUUCAAGAGAGGAAAAAGUAACACCGAAAACAGAGUCUGAGCCAGUUGUUACUCAACCAACCCCAUCAGUUUCUCAGCCAAGUACUUCACAGACUGAAGAGAAAGCUCCUGAACUUCCCAAACCAAAGAAAAACAGAUGUUUCAUGUGCAGAAAGAAGGUUGGCCUUACAGGAUUUGACUGCCGCUGUGGAAACUUAUUUUGUGGACUUCACCGUUAUUCUGACAAGCAUAACUGCCCAUAUGACUACAAAGCAGAAGCUGCAGCAAAAAUCAGGAAAGAGAACCCAGUGGUUGUGGCUGAAAAAAUCCAGAGAAUAUAAAUGGAACUGCUUGUCAAAAGACUGACUUUUUGGUCUUGUUUAUAAUAUAUCCUAGGAAAACAUUGAAGAGCAGGUGCAUGGCCAUUUUCCUUUGAUGUACUCCAAAGUUGCUCUAUUUUUCUUUUUUUUUUCUUUUUUUUUUUUCAGUCUUGUCUGUCUUAAUGAUAUUUCAGAAUGUUUGGGUGUUUGUUACAGGCAGGAUUGGAUAGGUACAGCCCUUGAAAAUAUGUAUGCCCUCCUUAGAAUAUAGCUGAAUGAUUAGAAACCUGCACAGAAAUACACAGAGGACAGACUCUUUAGUUUAUGUGUGCCAAACAGAUGUAUGCUAUCUGCAUGCUUGCAGCAGAUCUGCCUUUUGAAAUGUCUGAGGUAUAUAAUCUUUGGCUAGUGUUAUGUGCCUGUUUUGGAAAAGGAUACAUCAGAAAGGCUGGCAGUCUACUUCUGUCAUUAAUAUCUCAUUCUGGUUUUAGUUGCAACACUCCAUUGUUUUCUACCAGAAUUUAAGCUAUGUGGAGAGGUCUGCCUUUCCAGUAAGAUGAGUGUUGGUGCCAUAUAUAAGAAUGUAACUUAGCAGUUGCAUUGAGGGGGAAAAAAGACACUUGUAAGAAGAACACUGUUUGUUUUGGAAUGAAUUAUAUUAAGUUUAGAACCAUGAAACUUACUCAUAGAAAGGAAGUGUGCUAUGGGGGUCUUACAAAACAGUCUGCAACAGAACUGUCGGCUUUUCUUGCUUAGCAAAAACUGUUGUGUAGCACAGUGUUGUAAGAUUUGUUUACAAAACACAGGUUCCAUAUGUUUUUAGACAUACCACAGCAGCUCUGUCAAGCAACAUACUCCUUACAUUCAAUGUCUUCCGAGUUCACAAUAAUACCAUUUUCUUCUAGUUUCAAUGUAACAGUUGCACCACUUUGCAUGGAAAACCAUACCUGACAUAGCUACUGUAGACUUAAGUGGUAGCUGGAACCACUCUUGAAGGGCUGCUUUAUCAUUUUUAAUUGUACUUGGAUGUAGGACUAGUGUUCUUGGGUGUGUUGCGUGGGCUGCAUUAUCUACAGCAUUGUACAAUAACAACUCUAGAAAAGGCAGUAUACUUCACUGAUGCUUGUCUGGUAAUAUCACUUCUGUGUUAUAAUGGAAGUUUUUUUGUGAUGUAUGGAAUUUGUGUUUUUUAUAUAAACAAGUACAGUUUAGACUAGUGUUGUGGUAAUGCCUGUUCUCAUCUGUAAAUAGUUACAUAUGUACACAAGAUACUACUUUUGAACUGAUUUUUAUUGCAAUGUUCAGUCCUACUUCUUACUUCACUAUUAAAAAGUUUGUUUUUGCUUUAACGUUGUUUGUUCAGUUCUUAGAUAUGCAGACAUGUACAGAUAGUUCAUAUUUAUGUAUUGCAUAUAACCACACUACCCAGCAGCUUUGCUUUGUUGUAUUAUGUAAAUAAUAAAAAUGUACAGAAGGAAAUAA